UAACCAAAUUUGGCACAAAUACAAGCCACACCGCAAUAUAUAUUUGCCUACACCAACAAACCCUUCAACCCCAAGUAACCCUUCAACACAAAAACCUCAUGAAAAAUCCAAUUGCAUGACAACAAAAUCAAACAUUAAUUCUCUUCAAUGGCAGCUCUAGCCACCUCUCCAUUAACCAAAACCAGACCUCACCCUUUCUCACCAAUUCAUUUCUCGAAGCCAUUAAACAUACCAUCUUUACUCCUAAAGUCAUCUAAUCACAAGAGCCCAAAAACCAUUCAGCUCAAAAUCAACUCCAAACAAAAAACUUCAAAUAUUUUUUCUUAUGCAAACAAUAACCGCCCCAAUGUAUCUUCUGAUGGUGGUAUUGGGAGGAGAAUUUUGCUAUCAGAUGUGGUGGUGAAGAGGGAAAAUAAUGUAUUUUUAGGAAGGAAAUGGAGUUCAUUGGAUAUAGCAACUGCUGGUGUUGUUUUAGCCAUGCAUUUAAUUAGUUUAUUUGCUCCAUUUUACUUCACUUGGAGUGCUUUUUGGGUUGGUGUUGGGCUUUAUGUAAUUACUGGUCUUUUUGGUAUUACUCUCUCUUAUCAUAGGAACCUUUCUCAUAGGAGUUUCAAGUUACCAAAAUGGCUUGAGUAUGUUUUUGCUUAUUGUGGAGUUCAAGCUCUUCAGGGGAAUCCGAUUGAUUGGGUUAGCACACAUAGAUACCAUCAUCAGUUUUGUGAUUCUGAGAGAGACCCUCAUAGCCCUACUGAAGGGUUUUGGUAUAGUCAUAUGAGUUGGCUAUUUGAUACCAAUUCUGUUAAUCAAAGGUGCGGAGGGCCAAACAAUGUUGGGGAUUUAGAGAAGCAAUCAUUUUAUAAGUUCAUCAAGCAAACAUACAUUAUGCAUCCAAUUGCCCUUGCUGUUCUGCUGUUUGCAUUAGGAGGGGUACCCUUCUUGGUGUGGGGAAUGGGAGUGAGGAUAGUUUGGGUAUUCCACAUCACUUGGCUAGUAAACUCAGCCUGUCAUGUAUGGGGAAAACAAGCAUGGAAUACUGGUGAUCUAUCAAGGAACAACUGGUGGGUAGCAUUGCUAGCAUUUGGAGAAGGUUGGCACAACAAUCACCAUGCAUUUGAAUACUCAGCUAGGCAUGGGUUAGAAUGGUGGCAAAUUGACUUGACUUGGUAUGUUGUCAAGUUUUUGCAAGCCUUAGGAUUAGCAAGUGAUGUGAAGCUGCCAAAUGAUGCACAAAAGCAAAGAAUGACAUUCAACAAUUGAAUAUAUGAUAAGAAGCAUCCCAAUUUUGAAAA